UAGAAUAGAUGAGAGUAAAGUUAACUAGCCGGCUAUUGACAAUUGACGAUAUUGCAUGUGUGUUUUUUCUCUUCCCGCGAGAGACACUAUGGAAGAACAACAGUGCUUGUCACUCUCGUUUUGCUGGAUCUGCAAAAUCCUUAAAGCAUAAAGGAGGAAAAUAAUAACAAGAAACAUUUCAGAAGGGGUCAACUUAGAGAACCUUGGAGCUGAGGAUCCUGGUGAUGACAGUGAAGAUGGUUAAAACAGACACAAGUACACUACUCUUAGUGGUAGCGGUCUUACUAAACCUAGUAGCAAGUAACGAGUAUCACAAAAUACCAACAAAAUGGAGCUUGGGAAAGGUGCUUGGAAAGGACAGCUCUCCCAUGAGGUUCACUUAUCAUCUCUACAAUGCCACCAUUAAUGAGAACUCAGCCCCCAGAACUGCUGUGGAGAGUCCCAUCAAGAUGGGCAUCGUAGUGACCAAUCCUUUCUGGGGUAUCAAGUUCAAACUCGUCUCUGGAGACGACGACGGCCUAUUCAAAGCGGAGGAGGUCAGAGUAGGGGAUUUCUGCAUUCUGCGAAUCAAAACGCGAAGCAGUAAUUCUGCAUCACUAAACAGGGAAGUAAGAGACAGUUAUACUCUCACCAUUGAAGCCACUGAAAUCACGUACGACUUCCAGGCCAGGACCAAGGUAUUGGUUCAGGUGAUUGACACCAAUGAUCUGAAACCGCUCUUCUACCCAGCCUCGUACAACGUAGUCAUCAGGGAAGACGCUCCGUUGAAGUCCAGCGUGGUCAGGGUCAGUGCGACGGACGCGGAUAUUGGCUGCAACGCUGAGUUCUAUUACUCCUUUAUGACUAGAGCCCAUCCGUUCGCCGUUGAUCCUUUCACAGGCACCAUCAGCCUCGUCAAGAGACUGAACCACAGCCGAGCAGAAACAUACGAUCUCACUGUAUUAGCCGAGGACAGGACCAAGAAGAUAUCUGGGGUUCAGAAGUUUGGCAACGUGGCCAGGGUUAAAGUUACCAUAGAAAAGGUCUCCUCGACCGCCCCCAUCAUCAAACCUCUCCCGGUUGUCCUGGCUCAGAAGGAUGAAGAGGAGAAGAUAACUAUUGAUGUCCAUGUAGAGUCGGGUGUAAAGGUUGAGUCCGUUAGUAUUGUUGGUGGGGAUCCACAGAGGUAUUUUGAAAUGAUUCCAUCCAGCCUGCAAGGCAAUGGUUUCCAAGUGGUCUCCACCAAGAGAAUGAACUGGUCUCAGAGCCCAUCUGGAUUUAACCUCUCCCUUCAAGCUAAAGACAGGAGCAGUCCACCUUUAGUUUCUCCAAUUUCAGAAAUCCAUAUCCCUCCCUAUAAACAAAGCCUGUUUAGCUUUCUGGAAGACACUUACAUUCUCACACUGAGUGAGUUUUCACCACCAAAAACACAUGUGGUCAGAGUUAGUGUGAAUCUGGCAUAUUUGAAUGUUAGAUACCACAUUAAAAGUAACUCUGAUAGCUCCAAAUUUAAGAUUAACCCCAAAACAGGAGUAAUUGUUACCUCAGACUCCUUUGACUUCGAGAAAAAGUCUCGUUAUGAAUUCGACGUGAUAGCGAAUCACGGCGAAGCCGAGACCCAUAUAGUUGUUGAGAUAACUGACGAAAAUGACAACGCCCCCAUAUUCACCAAACCUUCAUACCAAGCCACACUACCAGAGAACGUACCUAUAGGCAGCAGCGUUCUAACAGUCUCUGCAAUAGACGAGGACAGGGAACGAAAUGGUUUUGUGACCUAUGCCAUAGCCAACUCAGCUCCUUCCCCAUUCACAAUAGACCCAAUCAGUGGAGUGAUCUCUACAUCUGAGGAUCUGGACUACGAGUUGAUGAAGAGGUGGUAUCAUCUCAGAGUGUGGGCUUCGGACAGCGGCAGUCCCUUCAGUCAUGUUUCUGAAUGCGCUGUGACGAUCACCAUGAGCAACGUCAACGACAACACCCCUCUGUUUGAGCAGGUGGGAUGCAACGCCACCAUACCUGUAGAUUUAGCGGUGAGAGAGCCAAUCGCAGAGCUGUCAGCUGUUGACCUGGACGAACUACAACAGCUCAGAUAUGUGAUCGAGUCAGGGAAUGACCAAAAACUGUUUGACAUCGAUGCUGUAUCAGGAGUCAUUACACUGAUCAGACAGAUACCCAGAGCUUCGAUAGAGACUGAAUUACCUUCGUUCAGACUCAGAAUCACAGCAACCGACGGUAAACAUACCUCUGAUCCCUCUGUUGUUACUGUUACUAUCGGUAACCAGGGCACUGAAGCCACCGUCAGUUGUCAGGAGACUGGGAUUUUCAAACGGCUCACAGACAAACUGAUUGAAUCCAUAAAGCCAAGGCUGACUUUCCAGGACGAGGAAUCCUUCUCGGACGUUCAUAUCAUCAACCGCUACUCUCCUAAGUUCAACUCUGGCAUCCCGAGUACUAUUGACAUCAGAGAGGACUUCCCUUUGAAUUCAACUAUCCUUUACUUCAAGGCUACGGAUAACGACACUGGAUUCAACAGCAAGCUUGUGUACGCUAUCUCAAGUGGAAAUGAAGAUGGGUGUUUCUCCAUUGGUAUUUUCUCUGGGGAGCUUCAGCUUGUGUGUCCUUUAGACCAAGAAACCAAAGAGUUCUACAUUUUGAACGUAACUGUCUAUGACUUAGGAAGCCCACAAACCUCAGCAUGGAAAUUUCUCGCUGUGAAUCUAUUGGAUGUUAACGACAACCGACCAGUAUUCAACCAAUCCAGGUAUGUCGUGCACAUUCCAGAGAACACGGAGGUUGACACGAGGAUAUUCCAAGUGCACGCAACAGAUUUAGACUCUGAGGACAAUGGAAACAUAUUAUAUUCGAUGCUAACUUUAACUGAUCUUUUCAAGAUCAAUGAACUCACUGGCGAAGUGAAAGUGUCUGGUCGUUUAGACAGAGAGGCCUUUCCCAGACAUAACCUGAAGAUAGAGGCUAGAGAUCAGUCUAAAACAGACCCACAGCUCUUCUCUAUGACCGAUCUGGUGGUCGUGUUGGAGGACAUCAAUGACAAUCCUCCCAAGUUCGUCCCCAAGAUCUACAACAUCAAAGUCCCCGAGGACGUUCCCUUGGGGACGGUGCUACUGUGGGUCGAGAGCUACGACUUAGACCUGGGCAGCGCUGGACAGAUCAGCUACAACCUGAAGAACAGUGAGAACGGGGCCUUUUUUCUGGACGCGUCGACCGGAUCUCUAACCCUUGAGAAAGAACUGGACUUUGAGAGGAGACAGUCUUACAACCUGACGGUUCGAGCGGUUGACCAUGGCCUUCCUCGGUCACUCUCCUCCUCCUGUUUCAUCGAGGUGGAGGUCCUGGAUGUGAAUGAGAACCUCAAUAAGCCGGUCUUCUCCAUGUUUGUCUAUGAGGCCUCAGUGAGGGAGGACGCUCCUGUGGGAACCUCCGUGUUCACGCUGACAGCAGCAGACAGGGACCUGGGGAGAGAUGGAGUCGUCAGGUACCACAUCCACGAUGGAUCUGGCUUGGGAGUUUUCAUGAUCGAUGAGGAAACAGGUGUAAUCCGCACGACUGAGACGUUGGACCGCGAGGCCGUCUCACACUACUGGCUGUCGGUCUAUGCCAAAGACCUUGGCACCAUCCCUCUAGUGACCUGGACAGACAUAUUUGUGGAAGUCCUGGACAUCAAUGAUAACCCUCCCCAGAUGUCCGAGCCGGUCUACUUCGGCUCUGUCCUGGAAAACAUGCCUAAAGACAAGUCAGUGGUUCAGGUCACUGCUACUGACGUGGACAGCUCCUCUGAGGGGAAACUCACCUUCCAGCUGUUGGAGUCACCACGGAUGUAUUUCACCAUCAACACCAAGACAGGCGUCAUCAGCACUCUGACCUCUCUGGACCGGGAACUGAAAUCUGAGCACAGUGUUGAGGUGAUAGUGUCGGACAACGGAGCCCCUCCUCUCCGCUCCACCUCGACAGUGAUCAUCCAGGUGUUGGAUGAGAACGACAACAGACCCCAGUUCAACCACAAGCUCUUCCAGGUCAAACUACCUGAGCAACACAGGGGUCAGGGGGCGAAGCCACAGGUGGAGGUGUGUCGGAUGGUUGCCCAGGACGACGAUGAAGGGCCUAAUGCUGAGGUCACCUUCAGUCUCCAGGACAACCAGAACGAGAAGUUUGAGAUCCAUCCAGACACUGGGGUGGUGACGGCACGGGGAGACUUUACAGCAGGCAACUACAGCAUCCUCACGAUCAAAGCAAAGGACCAUGGGAGCCCGGUGAGAUCGUCGACAGUCCGCCUCGACGUAGAGUGGAUCUCCAAGCCGACGCCCACCUCCGAUCCGCUGACGUUUGACGAGCCACACUUCACCUUCGCUGUCAUGGAGACGGAUCCUGUCACUCACAUGGUGGGGAUCAUCCUCACGGAGACACAGAGGCUACUGUGGUAUGACAUCACAGGGGGCGAUGAUGAGCAGGACUUUGACAUUGAGAGGAACACAGGCAGCAUCGUGAUCGCCAGGCCUCUGGAUGCAGGGAAGAAGUCCAACUAUAAUCUGACUGUACAGGUUACAGACGGGCAUCAGGUCGCAACCACACAGGCAUAUAUCCGUGUGCUGGACAUGAACGAGCAUCGACCCAUGUUCAUGAAGUCCAUCUACGAGGUCAGUGUACCGGAAGACACCUCUCCAUGGAAGGACAUCCUCCACAUCUCUGCUCAGGACCAAGACAGCAACAGCAAACUCAUCUACUCGCUCCACGGCAGCGUCCAUCCAGACAGCCUGAAGAUCUUCCAUCUGGACCAUAAGAGUGGUGUUCUGGUCAUGACUGAGCAGCUGGACCGUGAGAAGCUUUCUGUGCACACCCUCAUUGUGAUGGUUCGAGAUCAGGAGAUCCCAGUGAAAAGAAACUUUGUGAAGGCAGUGGUUUAUGUGGAGGACUGCAACGACCACUCUCCUGCCUUCCUGGCGGCCGGCUAUGAGGGAACUAUCACCAAUCUGGCUGCGGCUGGGACAGAGGUGCUGCGUGUCAAGGCUCUGGAUAAGGACACGGGGAGCAACGCUCAGAUUAUCUACUCCCUUCACUCAGGGAAUGUGGACAACACCUUUGACAUUGAUGGCGAGCUGGGGAGUAUCACUAUCGCCAAACCUCUGGACAGCCUACCCCAGGAGCAGUUUCAUCUGACAGUGAAGGCCACAGACCAGGGUUUUCCCCAGCACAGCGAUCUCUGUUCUGUCUCCAUCACCGUCCUGCUCUCAGACAGAACCCCUCCCAGGUUCCCCUCUGAUGAGUUCUUCUCAGAAGUCAGUGAAGCCAGUCCUCUGGGAACUCCCGUGAUCACUGUCUCAGCAGCCAGCCCAUCCGCAGUCCACUACAGCAUCAAAGAUGGAGACUCUAACGGAACGUUCCACAUCAAUGCAGAGUCCGGAGUUCUCUCUGUCCAAGCAAGCCUCAACUUCGAGAGGUGUUUCUCUUACAAACUCAAAGUGCGUGCUAGCACCUCGGCAGGAGCCUCGUCAGAUACGGUUGUUUACGUCUAUGUGAUAGAUGAGAAUGAUAACCCUCCGGUGUUCCUCCAGGAGAAAUUCCAUGGCCAGAUUAGUGAGUCUGCUCACAUAAACAGCAUGGUGAUGGGGGAGAGCAACACACCUCUAGUGUUACGAGCCUCUGAUGCUGACAGGGACUCUAACUCUCUCCUAGUCUUCCAAAUCCUGGAGCCGGAAGCGAUGAAAGUCUUCAAGAUAGAUCCCAGCAUGGGUACACUCUCUGUGAUAUCUGAGGUUGACUUUGAAGAAACACCUGAGUUUCACUUCAGCAUUCAGGUACGGGACUCAGGGGAACCGUCGCUGUACGCAGCAGAGCCAGCCAGAGUCACCAUCCGUGUCCUGGAUUUCAAUGACUGUUCCCCCAUAUUCUCUAGGCCGGUGUACGAGUCGUCCAUCAUCUUCCCUCCCGUCAGAGAGAUGGAGGUUGUACGGGUUACGGCACAAGAUGCAGAUUCAGCUGUCUCGUACAGCAUCACAGAGGGCAACCUUCACGAGGCUUUUCUCAUUCAUCCUUCCACUGGUGCUAUCUCUGUAAACAAUGUUUCAGAGUUUAAAUCCUUUUACCAGCUGCUGGUCAAAGCCUCUGACGGCCUGUACAAAGACCUUGCUACAGUUAAGGUAAACGUCACCAACAUAACAGCAGGCGGCCAUCUUCAAUUUGAGCAGGGAUUGUAUGCAGCCACCAUUGUGGAGAAUACGAUGUCGGUCAACAUGUUAGUUGUUUUGAGAGCAUCAGGUAGCUACUUGAACGAGCCUCUGAUUUACUCUGUAUUGAACCCAAUGGGACGGUUUUCUAUAGUCCCGACAUCAGGGGUGCUUGAGACCACCGGCGUCCCCUUCGACAGAGAGGAGCAGGAUGUCUAUGACAUAGUGGUGGAGGUGAGAGACAUGAGGAGUCCCCCUCGCAGGGCAAUAACCCACGUCAACAUUUACAUAGUUGACGUCAAUGAUAAUCCACCAAGGUUCUUGAACCUGCCUCACUCCAUGAUGAUCUCUGAAGACACAGACCUAGGAGAUGUAAUCUUUCAAGUGAUGGCGUCCGACAGUGAUCUUGGAGAAAAUGGUUCUAUUAUGUACUUGUUGGAGGAGGAUUUUGAUCUCUUUAGGAUAGACCCUUAUGUUGGUGACGUGUCCCUUCAGCGGCCUAUAGACUUUGAAGCUACUAAUAAAUAUACCCUGACUGUCCUGGCCACAGACGAGGGCUCGCCCAGUUUGACCACUUCAGCAGAACUGAGUAUCACGGUGAGAAAUCGCACCAACCCCAUUUUUCAGACUUUGCUCUAUCCUCUAAAAGUCCCUGAAAACAUAUCUCCCUUCACCACCAUCUUGCAUGUACAAGCAAGAAACCCAGAGGGAUAUCGGCUUAUUUACAAUCUGGAAGAGGAGAAUGCCUCGAAAAACUUUCACAUAGAUUUUAAAACAGGAGUGUUGAGUGUCACUGAUUUGUUGGACUAUGAGAGCCAGACAAUGCAUCUAUUGACGGUACGAGCCACUGACUCUGUGACAGGCUCCUUUUCAGAGGCCGCUGUCGAAAUAGAGGUUGAAGAUGUUAAUGAUAACGCUCCAGUCUUCUCCAAGCUGACUGACACAGUGGAUAUACCUGAAGGAUUACCCAUAGGCACGUCUGUAUUACAGAUAUCAGCCACAGAUAGAGACUCAGGCAGAAAUAGAGACUUAACCUUCCAUAUUAUGGGGACGGGGGGAAAUGAAACGGACUUCUUUAAAAUAGACCCCCAGAGUGGUCUAAUUGUUACGACACAGGUGUUGGACUAUGAGAAGACAAAACACUUCCAGUUAAAGAUCAAAGCCAUAGAUAAUGGCACGAACCCGUUGAGCAGCGAUGCCUAUGUCACUGUUAACGUAACCGAUGUCAACGAUAACCCUCCAAACUUCUCCAAGACCCAUUAUCAGGCAACACUGGAUGAAUUGGCCAAAUGUGGCCACAUCGUCAUAAAAAUCCAAGCUUCGGACCCCGACACCAGAGACUUGAACAAUCUACAGUAUAAGAUCCUCUCAGGUAAUGAGGGAAGAUACUUCGCCAUCAAUGAAUCCUCCGGGAUUAUCUCCUUUUCUAACGUCUGCAAGAGAAAUGUGGACCCAUUCUACAACCUCACCGUGGCUGUGUCAGAUGGAGUUUUCCAGAACACAGCCCCUGUGAACAUUGAUAUGAUGAACACUAAUAAACACAGUCCCUAUUUCAACAAAAACAUCUACGAGGCGGAACUAGCUGAGAACGCUGAGGCUGGAACACGUGUGAUUCGCCUGGCCGCUAUAGACCCUGACGAUGGACCUUACGGCAGCGUGGACUACACCAUCAUCAACAAACUGGCAGAUGACAAAUUCUCCAUAGACAAGAAUGGACAGAUCAUAACAUCUCAACCUUUAGAUAGAGAGAACCCAUCCCAAAGAGUGAUCGCCAUCAAGGUGAUGGCUAAAGAUGGUGGAGGGAAAGUAGCGUUCUGCACUGUGAAGAUUAUCCUGACAGAUGAGAAUGAUAAUGCCCCUCAAUUCAAAGCUACAGAGUACCAGGUGUCAAUCCAGUCUACUGUAAACAAAGGCUCUCCCGUGAUUCAGAUAGUGGCAUAUGACGCAGACGACGGCAAAAAUGCUGACGUCACCUACACUGUGGACGAAGCAGAGGAAGUGACUGAGGACAUCAUUGAGAUCAACCCCUUCACUGGCAUUGUCAGCGUCAAAGAGAGUCUGAUAGGUCAAGAGAACAAGAUAUUCAACUUCAAAGUCAAAGCUCGGGACAGCGGAUUACCAUUCUUCAACUCCACGGUUCCGGUGCAGGUGAAAGUAGUCCCACCUGAGGUCCCUCUUCCGAAGUUCUCCGAGCCACUCUACACCUUCUCCGCAGCCGAGGACAUCUCCAUGGGAACAGAGAUCGGGACGAUCAAGGCCGACUCCGACAUGCCAGUCAUCUACAGCCUGGUCAAUGGCAACACAGUGGAGAGUAACAGAGACAGAGUGUUUGCUCUGGAUAAAGAGAGCGGUACUCUACUCGUCCAGAAGAGCAUUGACCACGAGAAGACCAAGUGGUAUCAGAUAGAUGUUAUUGCUCAAGGCAACCACAAUGGGACCGACGUAGCCUCGCUGGUGUCGGUCAGCAUCCAGGUCCAGGAUGUGAAUGACAACGUGCCGGUGUUCGAGGCCAACCCUUACAAGGCCUUCCUGGCUGAGAACAUGCCACCAGGAACCACCGUCAUCCAGGUGACGGCCAACGACCCUGACCAGGACACUAAUGGACAGGUGACCUACACCUUGGAAGCCGAACCCGAUGACAUCACCGAUGUCUUCUCCAUCGAUAGUGAGAGCGGUUGGAUAAUUACUCUGAGAGAGACGGACUGUGAGACGACUCAGCACUACAGCUUCACAGUGGUGGCUACUGACCACGGGGGGGAGGUGAAGCUCUCUUCCUCGGUUCUGGUGGAGGUGACGGUGACUGACGAGAACGACAACCCUGCUCGGUUCACGGAGGACGUGUACCAUGGGUCUGUCAUGGAGAACACUAGGCCUGGGGAGGUCAUCAUGAGCCUGACGACCGUUGAUAUGGAUGUGACUAAAGAGAACAAGCAGAUCACGUGUUACAUCACAGACGGAGACCCAUUGGGCCAGUUCUCCAUUGUGCAAGAGGGAGAGGAAUGGAGGCUGGUCCUCAAAGAGUCUCUUGACCGUGAAGCUAAAGAUAACUACUCCCUGAAAAUAAGAGUUACUGACGGGAGAUUCGAGGCCCCUGCCACUGUAGAGGUCCAUGUUCUAGACAUCAACGAUAACAGUCCUCUGUGUGAGCAGUUGCUGUACACAGAGGUCGUCAUGGAGAAUUCCCCGUCAAGCCUGUUCAUACUGAAGGCUUCAGCGUCAGACCCAGACAUCGGCACCAACGGACUAGUGUCCUACACCCUCCACGGUCCCAACGCAGACAAGUUCCAUCUUAAUCAAAAGACAGGGGAAUUGUUCACUCUAGCCCAGUUGGACCGGGAGAUGGUGAGGGAGUAUGAUCUGGUAGUUAAAGUCACAGACGGCGGAGGCCGCUCCUGCCAAGCAGACAUCUUACUUAUGAUCCAGGAUAUGAAUGACAACCCUCCCAAGUUCUCGAACAACCACUAUGAAGUCACUGUGUUCGACAACACCACCAUCAGGACACCCAUCGCUGUCAUCUACGCCAAAGACCCUGACACUGGUAUAAACUCUGAGGUGAAGUAUUCUCUACUUGAGGACAACAGCGGACACUUCUCAUUGGAAGAGUUCUCCGGUAUCCUGCGCCUGGAGAGGUCGCUGGCUGAAAACACACGGUCAACCUUUGAACUCAAGGUCAAAGCCACAGACCGGGGGCUUCCCCGACAACUGUACUCCGUUGCCACAGUUACGGUGCACGUUGUCGACCUGAGCGACUACCAGCCGGUGUUCCUGAGCCAGGAGUACUCCGCCCAGAUCCCAGAAUCCACCUUGGUAGGAACAGAGGUCAUCAGCGUCUCUGCCCUCACUAGAGACGGGACCGAGACGGAACCCAUUGUCUACUCCAUCGUCUCUGGCAACGAGGGGGGAAGGUUCUACCUGCACCCGGCAACUGGUGUUCUGGCUGUGAAUGGCUCUUUAGACUUUGAGCGGUGUCGUGAAUACUACCUGUCAUUGGAGGGGACGAGAGGCAAGUCGACUCUGAGCGACAUCACCAUGGUGAUUAUCAACAUCACGGAUGUCAAUGACAACACGCCCGUGUUCGCACAGCGAGACUACAGUGCUGACGUCUCAGAGGACCUGUCGCCUGGCGAUGUGGUGAUGCAGGUGACAGCCAUCGACCUGGAUGGGCCGUUGAACAACCUCAUCCACUAUUCAAUCUCCAGUGGAGACCCUCAGGGGCAGUUCAGCAUCGACCCUCGCAGUGGAGAGGUCAUAGUCAGGGCCACGCUGGACAGAGAGGAGAUCACUCACUACUCUCUGACGGUCCAAGCAGCCGAUGAGGGAGACCCUCCUCUGUCUACCGCGGUCCAAGUGACCUUGACCGUGUCCGAUGUCAACGACAACCCACCUGUCUUCUCCCAGAUUAAACACAACCUGGUCCUUCAGGAGGGCGAGGCCAUCGGUAGCAGCAUCCUCCAGCUGGUGGUCACAGACAGAGACACCCCUCAGAAUGGACCUCCCUUCACAUUCCACAUCGCGUCUGGGAACGAGGACCGCCGCUUCCACGUAGACCAGGGAGGUCUGUUGUCCAUCUCUGUCCCUCUGAAGAAGAAGAUCAAGCCACAGCAUCUUCUGAAAAUACAGGUGACAGACAGCGGACACCCUCCUCUCUCCUCCAUCUGCGUGGUGAAGAUCAACGUCACUGAGCAGAGCAAGUACCCUCCUUCUGUGAUGCCCCUGGAAGUCUUCAUCACCACCACAGGAGACACGUUCUCCAACCGAGUCAUAGGCAAACUGCAUGCCUCCGACCAGGACCUGCACGACAUCCUAACCUACAAGCUGAUCUCGGAGUCUCCCGGUGGGGGAGACCCAGGGCCGAGCUCACACCCCUCUGGAGGCCUCUCCAGGUUCUCUGUGGACCUGGUGGAUGGGAAGAUUUGGGCCGACGAAGACUUGAAACCUGGUCUCUACUCCCUCAAUGUCAGCGUCUCCGAUGGGAAGUUCAGCGUGUGGGCCGGGGUGAAGGUCCAUGUAUGGAAACCCACACAACAGGCCCUGGAUGCUGGGCUCACUCUGCAGCUGGCUGGGCUUUCCCCGGAGGAGUUCCUGGGGGACCUCUGGAGAGGCCUCCAGAGGAGCCUCAGCACGGCCCUGGGUAUAACCAGGCAAGACCUCCACCUGGUGAGCCUACAGCAGCAACCCAACUCCCUGGUCCUGGAGGUUCUGCUGCUAUGGAGGCCGCAUGGUGGAACUGUAGAACCGUUACCAACCAACCGGCUGGCAGGGAUCAUCGCUGACAUAGAAGACUCGUUGGGACUGAGUGUUCUCAGGGUGCAUCACAAUGGGUGUCUAGGGACAGAAUGCCCUCCUAGAGGAUGCAGGAACUCAGUCCAGAUGAGAGGAGAGAGGCUGAGCCACUACGCCACAGCCAGGGCCGGCUUCAUCACCCCACAACACACCUGGGAGAGUGUCUGCCCCUGCAACGAGUCUGCUGUGAGUUUUGACGGGACGGGCUAUCUGAAAUACCUGUAUCAGACUGAGGAGGAGGAGGAGGAGAAUCAGAACUUGCGUCUCUCUCUGCGCAUCAAGACCUUCCAGCAACAAGGCGUUGUCAUGAAUACCAAUGCAACCAACUGGGGGAUCUUGAAGCUGAUAGGUGGAGAGCUGAGGUUCAUGUACCUCUGUGGCAACACGCUCCCCGGUUCCCUGCGUGUCCACGCAGCCCCAGCGGUGUCAGACGGGCGGUGGCACCACGUCCUUCUGGAGGUCAACGGCACCAUCCUCAGACUCACCCUGGACCACAUUCACUCAUCCCAGGUCGUCCUCUCUGAACCCUGCCAUCUGAUGCAGCCCCAUGGGACUCUGAUCCUCGCUGGCUCCCCUGGUCCUGGUUCUCCUCCCACCACCACCUCUACAGAGACCCAGGCCAGGGCCCAGACACAGGCACAUGGCUUGGUGGGCUGCCUGGAGGGUAUGGAGCUGAACGGGGAGCCCAUCAGGACAGAGGAGGAUAAGGAGUGGAAUGGGCCUGGGAGGAGGAGGGUGUUUGGGGUCUACCAGUGCUGUGUCAACCAGGUCAGGAUCAACAGCUGUGACAGUAACCCCUGUCUGAAUGCAGGAACCUGUGAGGAGGAAUCAAAUGGAGGGUUCCGCUGCAGCUGUCCAGUUCCUUUCUAUGGCCCCCGCUGUGAGCUGGACAACAACCCCUGUGCCUCCCAGCCCUGUGCCCACAGUGGGGUGUGCGUGCCAAAGAGUCAAGGUUACAUCUGUAACUGCCAACUGAAUAUGACUGGAAUCAGGUGUCAGAGCCUAAUCGACGGAUGCUCCCCCAACCCGUGUCUAGAAGGGUACAACUACCUUCUCCGGGGCUCCAUCCACUGCGACCCUCUGCCCCAGGUGUACGCCGGACUGGGCUACAUCGAGAUAGUGGAGAUAUGUGCCAGCUUGAUGGGGGUUUUCUUCCUGGUCGGUGUCUUCGUCUGUGUCCGCAAACGUUAUGUCCAACAGAAGAAGAAACCUGUCUGUGUUCAGGACUCCAACGGUUACUUCCAACCCAGUCUGGCCAAAUCCAUGAUGGCCGACACUCCAAAAGUCAGCCCAAUAGAGAUGAACAUGCUGAUGGGCUCUGGUAACGACCUGGAUAACAUACACAGUCCCUUCAGAUCUCUGAGGCUUCACAGCCAGAUGGACCUGGGGCUGGGGUCCCAGGUAAGCCUAAGGGCCGGGAAGCAGAAGCCUCAGGGGCCCGUGGUGUGUAGUGUGGCCCCCAACCUCCCUCCUACACCUUCAUCCAUCUCUGACAAUGAGUCCAUCAGGAAACACCACUGGGAUCAGGAUUAUGAAGUCUACCCUGCUGAUCCUGACUACUACGGUCGACCCAACCCUGCGGUCCAAGAGUACCCCCAGGUCCAGGAGUUUCCCCAGUUCGACAUUGUGGAGGACACCUACGGCUCUGUGACCGCAUCAAUAGACUCACGUAGAAACUCUCGCUUCGGCGGAUUCCCGUUUCCUCUGGAGCGCUCUGACCGCCGCGCUCCCUUACCCCCCUGUUAUAGUAACCAGAACCUGGAUGACUUCCUGGGGCCUGACGGUCUUCCCUUACCCAGCUCCCAGUGCCCCAACGAGUACACUGCCAUCAGUUACUAUCCGACGCAACAUGCACAAAGCGUGGACAAUGUCUCGUCAGGCUACCGGCGCCUCAGCAUGCGCCUCAGCGUUGCCAUGCCAUCCUACGCUGAGUGUAACUCUCCUCCUCCUCCCCCUCCACCCCAGCAGGCUAGGCAUGCAGGACGGAACUCUCGCUGCUACAACGGGUCUGACAUGGUGGAGAGCGACUAUGGAAGCUGUGAGGAGGUCAUGUUCUAGAAUGUUUUCAAAGUGUUCUAUUCUAGAGUUAAAGAUACAGUGCUCCCUAUCAAAGGUCUCUUUCAGGGAGAGACUGCAACGUUUCUACGAAAGAGUUGAUUCUUGAACAUUCUACGAGGUGAAUUUAUUAUAUUCUAUACAGUCAAUUCUUAGAAUGUCUCCAUAAAAUGUGACUGAUCGGCAUCUAAGUGGGCUUGACAUUCAGUAGAGUAAAUGAAAGAGUCACUCACCUUUUGUUCCACAGGGUUGAACAGUAUUACAGGAUGUUUAUCUGAAACUAUGGCAACAAGGCCACGCAACACAAAGAUAUUCUGUACUAAAUGCUGCAGCAAUAUCGAACUCACUCAUCUAGACCCCUCUCCAUCCAAGGGGGAGAGAGACUGGCUUUGGGUGAAACCGAUUCCAAUAAGAAUGAAUAUGCCUAGACAACUAUGUUACAACAAGGUCACGCAACACUGACCAUAUAAAGAGAGUGGAUUUACGUAAAAAACUAUUUCUAUAAGAAUGAAUAUGCCUACGUUUCAUGCAGAUAAUAGCUCCAUUCAAUACAAUAAUAACAACCCAUAAUAACCAUAAAGAUGUCACAUAGAGUAAUACAGAUCCUAUUUGUGACCUCACCAUUCAGUGAUAUGGGAGAACAUCUCAAAUAGCCCCCUAUACCUAUGGACCCUAGACCAAAGUAGUGCACUAUGUUUGGGACGGAGGGCAUAUGUGACAAAAUAAUACAUAAUACAUUUUAAUAAUACAUUUUAUGAAUAAGUAGAUCAUAAAUAUUCACACAUAUUACACGUGUUUGUUGUAAAACAGGUCGUCUUUUCAAUAUAACUUUAAUUGUUGAUAUUGCCAAUUGUGUAAAUAGUCUAUAGUGUGGAAGUUUUCUGACUUUGAUCUCAAAAAAACAUUUCUCGGAAUUGUAACGGUUGGUGGUAUUUGGUUGUAAACAGUAUUUUGAGUCCGAACACAUAAAUGUGGUAUCUAAUCUGACUGUCUAUAGCCCAACACAUAAAUGUGGUAUCUAAUCUGACUGUCUAUAGCCCAACACAUAAAUGUGGUAUCUAAUCUGACUGUAUAUAGCCCAACACAUAAAUGUGGUAUCUAAUCUGACUGUCUAUAGCCCAACACAUAAAUGUGGUAUCUAAUCUGACUGUCUAUAGCCCAACACAUAAAUGUGGUAUCUAAUCUGACUGUCUAUAGCCCAACACAUAAAUGUGGUAUCUAAUCUGACUGUAUAUAGCCCAACACAUAAAUGUGGUAUCUAAUCUGACUGUAUAUAGCCCAACACAUAAAUGUGGUAUCUAAUCUGACUGUUUAUAGCCCAACACAUAAAUGUGGUAUCUAAUCUGACUGUUUAUAGCCCAACACAUAAAUGUGGUAUCU